AUGCUUGUCUCCUUGGCCCUGUUGUUGUUCUUGUUGUGCCAUGGAACCGGCAAAGUCGACGGCCACAGCAGUGACAUGCUCGCGCUGCUCCAUUUCAAGAUGCCCAUCAUCGCCGCCGCCAGUGAUCCGAACGGAGCCCUGAAGUCGUGGAACGAGAAGCACCCCGUUUUGCCGGUGGGACGGCGUUUUCUGCACCCGGAAGCACCCCAGGCGUGUGAUAGCGCUGAUGUGGUAGCAAAUUGUUCUAAUUUAAGGACGAUAGACCUCUACCAUAACAACCUAGUUGGUGAAAUCCCCCUCAAACUGGGUCUCCUUUCCAAUCUUGUGGUCUUACGGCUUUCACGGAACAGGCUGUCAGGAAUGGUACCCCGAACCAUCAGCAACACCAGUCAUAUAGAGAAGAUCGCUCUGUCAUAUAAUCAGCUGACGGGAAACAUUCCUGGCGAGCUGGGGCAAUUGCUGGAUUUGUCCUACUUAGCCCUCGGUGGGAAUAACCUGUCCGGUGGCAUACCACACUCUCUUCUUAACAAGUCAUCUCUUCAGGUACUCGCCAUGGAAAGCAAUAGGGUGGGAGGGACGCUGCCGCCUAGCAUUGGCGAUGCCCUCCCUGAUCUCCAAAUGCUUGUCCUGGGACGGAACCUGCUUCGAGGUUACAUCCCAGCAUCCCUAGGCAAUGCUUCCAAUCUAAUGUUAGUAGAUUUGUCAUCUAACAAUUUCGCUGGUACGGUUGGAGAAUGGAUCCGGAAGCUGAUGAACCUAACAUAUCUGCAUCUCAAUGACAACAACCUUAUGGGCCAAAUCCUCUCCUCUGUUACUAAUAAUACUCAGCUGACAUUGCUAAAUCUGAAGAAUAACUACUUCGUUGGGUCAAUCCCCUCCUCUGUUAGCAAUCGUAGUCAGUUGAGCUUCCUAUCUCUUGCUAACAACAGCUUCACCGGGUCAAUCCCGUCCUCUAUUAGCAAUCUUAGUCAGCUGAGUACACUAUCUCUAGCCAACAACUUCCAAGGUAUCGUACCUUAA